GGAGAAGUUGGUGUCUUUGAGGCCUUGCUUUGGUCUGGAGAAGGACCAGCCCCAACAUGGAAGCCAUUGCCUUGUAUAACUUCCAGGCGACCGAGAAGGAUGAAUUAGCAUUUAAGAAGGGAGACACACUGAAGAUUCUGAACAUGGAAGAUGACCAAAACUGGUACAAAGCAGAGCUCUUUGGCAUGGAAGGAUUUGUCCCCAAAAAUUACAUCAAAAUGAAACCUCAUCAGUGGUACUCUGGCAAAAUCUCCAGACAAGGGGCUGAAAAGGUCCUCCUAAAGCAACAGUUUCGGGGCGCGUUUCUCAUCCGGGAAAGCGAAAGCAGCCCAGGGGAUUUCUCCAUCUCCGUGAACUACGGAGAUCAGGUGCUGCACUUCAAAGUGCUCCGGGAGAAAAAGGGGAAGUACCAUCUCUGGGAGGAGAAAUUUAACUCCAUUAAUGAGCUGGUGGACUUCUACCGAACCACCACCAUCGCUAAGAAAGGGCAGGUCUUCCUGAGAGAUCACGGAGAAGCCGAGGUGCCCAAGAAGCCAACAUUUGUGCAGGCCCAGUUCGACUUCGUGGCCGAAAACCCAUCCCAGCUGAGCUUCUACAGAGGAGACAUCCUCAAGAUUUUGGACUGCUCUGACCCCCACUGGUGGAGAGGGAAGCUAGGGGUGAAAAUGGGCCUUUUUCCUCGGAACUACGUUUUCCCCCUGCGCAUGUGACCCGCCUGCCUUACCUUCCAACCAGAGGAUCAUCUGGCUGAAGCGAUCAGCCGUCCCAUCUGGACCUUUCCUUCUUUUGCAGAAAGUCACGACAGCGGAUGCUCUGUCCCACCCCUCACCUCCCAGCAGAGCCAUGCAAAACCUUUCGUUUUCGCAGUCCAACCUUAAAAGAGGCCUGUUGCAAAUCCAGAUGGCCUUUCUGAGGUUGAAACAUCGGGACUCCUUUCAAGGAUGAAAUCGCUUGCAGCCAGAUCCCCAUCACUCACCUCGAGCCCAAGCAUGCACCUGGGGAUGUUUACCUAUUUUGUUUUUUAAAGCAAUAUAUUUGCAGAAGUGAAAGUGCCACCCAGCUUCAGUCAAAGUGCUGUCCUGAGUCAGCCCUUGUUAAGAGCUGCCGUAUGGUCCACGUUUACCUUACCGGCAUCGGAUGCUUUCAAAAAGCUGAAGGCCUUUUGUAAUGUCCAUGCGCUGGAAUGAUCUACAGCACAGCUGGACUAAGAGAAAUCUGAUCCACCGGUGUGACACAGUGAGACAAUUAGUCAUAAAUUCCUACCGCCCCAAGUUUAUGGAGAGUAACUACAAAUUCCCAGCAUCCCUUGGCAAGGUAGCAUCAACUGCAAACUCACAAUGCAGGCUUCCCUCCUAGGUAUACCCUCCGGGGUGGUUUUUUUCCCCCGUGGCUCUGGUGUGAGAGCUUGUUUGGCUGCUGCAGGAGAAGACGAACAUUUUCUGCAAAUCCUCAGACAUGUUCUGGGUGUCCUGCUGAACUUGGCUCUCGUGCAGUGGAGGAGGUCAUCAAACAUGAUGCAAGAGUGGUUCUCACCAGUGGAGCUUUGGACUCGGAAAGGAGGUGGGGAAGCUCCCUCCCUUUUCUAACUUCUGUUUCUCCUUUUAAAUGGUUGAUCAGCAUUUUGCAGGCCAGGCCAGCUCUACCUCUGUUCUGCAGUCCUUGGCUAUCUCGGUCAGCAGCCAAGCGCAAGGAACGAAGGAGCCGAGAAUCAUCCACCACAGGUCAGAAAGUCCACCGGCUCCCUCCUUGACCUUC